CUCAGUUUGUCAUUCCUAGUGUAAAACAUGCAGAAACUAGUACCACUUUUAUUAGUGUUGUCCGUACAGUGCGUGUACUCAGUCUCGUUGCAAGAAGAUCUGCUUGAUUUGGAGCUAAAUGUGCCGAAGGAAAAAAUUUCGCAGCUUUUCGUCCAGUAUAUUAUUCAAGAUGUUCAAUUUCGGCACAGUAUCCGUUACGUUAGGUCGGACGAAUUUUCCGACACGUGGAAUCAGUUUCUAGAGCUGGCAAAAGUGCAUCAGUUACUUUUGUAUAUGCAAAACGCCGGGCUGCCUAUUGAUAAAGUGCUCCAUAUGUUUGCCGGAUUCACCGGAAUUCAGCCACCGUCGACGAAGUUCAAACGAUCGCUCAUUAAGCGUGGUGGAUUAAACGCAUUCAUCGAAGAUGUUGUCCAAGUAGUGGCACAAAGCGACGUGAAAACAAUGACGGAAGAGAAAAAACGACUCAGCUCUCAAUUUUUGGAAAUGACUGAGAAGCUAAACUCGGACGAAUAUAAGCGCUUGUUUACUGAAGCAUUUGAUGAUCCCGACGUUAUAAUUCUUCAGCAAGAAUUACAAACAUAUGACAUUGAACUACCUAAACUCCUAGAGCUGAUGAAAGCAUUCUUCGGGUGGUCUGCUUUUUUCUAGCUUUUUUGAAAUAAAUGACGUAGCUUUUCUCACAAUAAAAAAUACUCACAGAAACUGAA